ACGGACCGCAAGAUCGUGACCUGAGCUGAAGUCGGACGGUCAACCGACUGAGCCACCCAGGCGCCCCUGCCAUGGCUAACUCUUAAGGAGUUGGGUAUUGAAAAUAUCGGCAAGAAGUAAGGAAUGUGCUGCUACAUUUGCAUACACACUCCCAAACCGAUUCUUCAAAACGAGGACCAGACCUGGCCCCUCCACAUCAGAGAUCCUGAAGGGAGAAGACAAGCAGAGCUCCAGGAGCCACAGAGCGUGGGGACCCUUGCCGCAGGUUCCUGUUGAGUCAUUUCAUUGUGUUAAAAAUGUCAUUUUUGGAGGACUCAAGUGUGAAAAUGGAGUCUGAAGACCAGGAAGGAGACGAGCCCCAGUGCUGCUCAGAAGACUUGGACAGAAGCCCCCUGGAGCCAGACAUGAGCCUCACCUCACAAAGCUCUCCCUAUUCAGGAGAGGAAACUGUUGACCCACAACCUAUAAAGUCUGGGUUUUCACAGAGGACCCAGCUUCAGGAAGGUGUGAUGAUGGAUCAGCCCACAGGGAAGUGUGGAGACAAUCCCAUUAUGACAUGCAUUCGAGGAGUCCCUUUCUGUGGAGAACCCUAUACAGCAGUGAAUAAACCUCAGACCGGGGAGGUCUCUGACUUGAAUCAGCAGGUGUGGAUCCUGCAGGAUCAGACCAUUGUGACAGUUCCACGGACUGACAGUGUGACUCCAGUCACUGUCACUGUUGUCCCAUGCAAGUAUCCAGAGUAUCUUGAGCAAGGCAGAGGGAUUCCCAUUUAUAUGGGAAUAGAGAAUCCAGAAAUGUGUCUGUCUUGUGAGGACAUAGGAGGGCAGCCCACAUUGCAACUGAAGGAGGAGGAGAUACUGGAUCUGUACAACGAAGUCGCGCCCGUGGAGCCCUUCCUCUUCUACCACUCAAAAGAUGGCAGGACCUCCACCUUCGAGUCCGUGGCGUUCCCUGGCUGGUUCAUCGCCUCCUCUGAGAUCCGCCAUCCCCUCUUCCUCACUUCAGACCUGGGGGGAAAGAACAAUGUUAACUUCAAUUUAAGUAUCAAUGCUUGACCUCAGUCUGGAGGGGGCAGCUUGGUCAGAGGUCUUUGUUAAAUUUCCUAGUUCCCAGCAUGCUUUCAUUUAUAUUCUCUCCGUGUCAUUUCGCGUCAGUGCUGAGAGGUGGGCAGGACCUUGUUAUCAUCACACUUUGUGAAUGACUUCAGGGCAGCCGAGGCAUAGAAUGUGAGCUCAGACAUGGGGGGAGGGGUCAUGUAAAGUUCUCCUCUCAAGCUGAAGUUGUCCAUCCCACAGCCAUCUGUACGAGGGUGUCUGGACCCCAAGACAUUAGUGCCUUCUCUGUGGGUGGAUACAGAGAAGCGUCAGAGCUCCUGAUCUGGUGACUAGUGUGGAACUGAUUCGUUUUGUUUUCUUUCCUAUUUAGAUUACAUUUUCCAUAUGCUUUGUAUGUUGCCAGUAUAUUUCACGUUGUAUAAUGUAUCCUUUCAAGGGUUAAGGAACGUUUAAAGGUAAAUAAUUCUUAACAAUAGUUAAACUAUUUUUUUCCUAAUUCUAAUAUGUAAACAUAAAGCCAAAUAUAAACUUCAUGUGUUUACACAACAGAAAAGCUAAAACUAAGCUGUAAAAUGAAGUAGAAAACAUAGUAAACUGAAAUUAGCGAGAGUAAUUGAAUGAGGAUAGCUCACUGGGGUUUCACUGGGGAAAGAAGGACCCCUAUCAGUGGUGACAGUCCAGGGUGGAGAUAAUGCAUGUAAAAGAACACUACUAUAUGACUAUUUUCUGUACAGUCUCACAGCCUUGAUUUCUUUGCCUCUUCUAGACUUUUCCUUUUAGGCAUCCACAAGAUCUCUUUAAAAAUAGCAGUAAAGGUGAUGACAGAGCCUAAGGCAGGGCAAACUACAAGCUAGCACACUGCCCCCACUCCCCCAGGUGGCAUAUGUGGGACAUUCCUCAGGCACUGCUGGCUGCCCAGGGACAAAGGAGAGGAAAUAAACAAGUAGCUAACUGAUAGAGAUCACAGUCAUGCAGGACCAGAGUCUCCCUCAGUUCGCAAAUAUCUUAGUAAAUUUCAAGAAAAAGUCAAUCUUAUCAAAUAGCCUAAUCUCCAGAAACCUGUAGAAUCAGUUUGCUGGAGCCCCAACGUCACCCUUCCAUAGUGAUAUAGGGAACAAAGGCAAGAAGGAAAUGGCAGGUAAAAUUAAGUGCCCGUAUAACCUGCGGCCCGUUGACAAAUGCUUGAGGCAAAUACAGAGUACCACGUUUCUCCAGGAACCCCCUACCGUCCUAAUGUUAAUGCCUUACUAGAGGAAAACCAACCUUAGCUUGAUAAUAGCAAGGCCUCAGGUAUCUUAGGAGUCCUCUUUAGCAUAUCAAAGUCCCUCUGGAGGCCUUCCUUUUGUCUUUACCUCCCCCAGUGCCAUUGUGUAUAACCAGUCACUGUUCACAACCACAGUGCAGCUCUUCCUGCCCACAGGUCCUGUCGACCUGCUUUAAUAUCACCUUUUUGCACCAAAGACGUCUUCAAGAAUUCUUUCUUGGCCGUCAGCUACGAACCCCACGAACCCCACCAUCACCCCAAAACUUCAUCAAAGGUGCCUUUUCUUGGAACAGAGAGCCUAGCUUUCCCACCGGUCAUGCUUCAGAUGAUGUAUUCUGAUGAAAUUAAAUCACUGUGGGUAUAAUUGUAGAAAGAUGUAGCUACAUCUGGUUCUGUAUAUAACAGAUUUCUUAUUUUGACUCUGAUACUACAGACACAGGAAGUUCUGUUUGCUUAAAUACAAUUUCCAAAAUAGCGCCAGUCACUUACUUUUUUUUUUUUUCUUCCUACUUUUGGACAAUCAGACCACAUACUCUACUAAGCAGGCCAGCAAGCAAUCAGUAAGCCCCGAUUUAAUGCAACGUCUCUUGAUUCUUUGAAGUUUUCUUCCUCAAUUAAAUAUAGUUUUAGCAUUGCAGUUUUAUUAAAAAACAGCAUUAAAAUGGGCACUGAGGUAAUUAGUUCUGGGAUAUUAAAUAGGAGAAUUGGUUAUUGAAUAUUUACUACUAUACUCACUGCUCAUAAAUGGUGAUAGCUUCUUAUAUCUGACCAUUUACAUUGUUACACUGUCAGUUGUUACAUCUGCCAGUUGGGAUCCAAUAACACAUUUGCUUGUGACGCGAUUAUGGUCUGAGUGUGACAACACCUCCAUCCUCCUACAGGCUGUGUGGUGAUUCCAUUGUCCCAUCUCUUUACCACGAAAACUGCAUGCAGGUGCUGUGACACUUUGGAUUGUCACUUAGCACAGAUUUGAGCUCAAACAAAAGCUCAAAUAUGAGUCCUGGUGUCAUGUAACUGGUUAUCCUGAUGGUCCAGAAGAGGUUCUGAUAACAUAUUUAGAGUGUAAUCAAAAUGAAAACAUAGUAAUCUCUAGCUUGUGGAGCCUGGAGAGCAGACCUCCAGAGACACCCCCCCCCCCCCCCGGCUUAUCCAUCACGUUUGUGAAAGACCACAGCAUAUGAAAUCAUAGAAAGGACCCUAUGAGUAGCAACGUCCUCAUUUUCAGGUGAACACCUGUUUUUCACACAUCUGAAUAUCCAAUGCUCUUGCAUUUGGGUUCCGUGAGCUCCAGGCCAACACUCACUGAAGGAUUUGGUUCUUUUGCAUCUUUGGUAUGAAGGGCUUGAUGCCCUGUGUUGGGGGAGGUCAUUGAGAGGAUGUGACCACCAGCUGACCCAUGAGCUGGACCCUGGCAGCUGGAGGCUCCUCACCCCCUCUCCUGUCCUUGCAAUGUGUGCUCUGGGUGCCUUCCUGGCUCCCAGAAGCUGCCCCAAGGACACAGCCUUGAGGCAGUGUAGUGAUGUGAUGUUGAGACAUCUGGACGGUACCUGUGGCUGAACCCAGUUAAAGCUUCUAUAUAAAUUUUUAAUAUUCUAGUGGGUGGGUAUGGAAAUGUAUUUAUCUUACAGCUGCCCCAAAACAAGCAUCAUAUAUAAAUUCCCUUGCUUAUUAAACUU